CCGGAGCGAAGCGGCCUCUGUCAUGGCGGCGCACGGCGGCGGCGGUGACGGCGGCGGGUUCCUACCUCUGGCCUUUGGGGUCACGCUGCUCAAACUGCUCCUCAUCCCGACCUAUCAUUCCACAGAUUUUGAAGUGCAUAGGAACUGGCUUGCCAUCACCCACAGCUUACCAGUCUCUCAGUGGUAUUAUGAGGCGACUUCUGAGUGGACCUUAGACUAUCCUCCCUUUUUUGCCUGGUUUGAAUAUGUGCUUUCGCAUGUUGCCAAAUACUUUGACCGAGAGAUGCUGGUGGUCCAAAACCUCAACUAUUCCAGCCCCGCGACCAUUCUUUUCCAAAGGCUUUCGGUCAUCUUUACGGAUGUGCUCUUCAUCUAUGCAGUUCGCGAAUGCUGUAGAUGUGUAAAUGGAAGACGUGGUGGAAAGGAGCCCCUGGAAAACCCUCCCUUUGUUCUUUCUGUUCUCCUCUUGUGGAAUUUUGGCCUCUUAAUUGUGGACCAUAUUCACUUUCAGUACAAUGGCUUCCUGUUUGGAUUCAUGCUUCUUUCCAUUGCGCGACUAUUCCAGAAAAGGCACUUAGAAGCAGGUUUUCUGUUUGCCGUCCUCUUGAAUUUCAAGCACAUCAACCUGUACGUCGCCCCAGCCUAUGGCUUGUACCUGCUCCGAUCCUACUGCUUCACUGCAAAUAAUCCAGACGGAUCCGUCCGGUGGCGUAGCUUCAGCUUCCUUCGCUUAUCGACCCUGGGCUUAAUUGUUUGCCUCGUUUCUGCACUUUCGUUGGGACCGUUCAUUGCUUGGGGGCAGCUUCCACAGGUCCUUUCCCGCCUCUUCCCUUUCAAGAGAGGCCUUUGUCACGCGUACUGGGCCCCUAACUUCUGGGCAGUCUACAAUGCCCUAGAUAAAGCUCUCUCCAUUAUUGGCCUGAAAUACAAAUUCCUCGACCCUGCAAAGAUGCCGAAGGCUGCCAUGACUGGCGGGCUGGUCCAGGAAUUUCAACACGCCGUCCUUCCUUCAGUGACUCCAUUGGCAGCUUUAGUCUGUACUGCCAUCUCCAUGCUGCCCUCUGUUUUCUGUCUUUGGUUUAAACCCCAAGGGCCCAGAGGCUUCCUGCGCUGCUUGGUUCUCUGCGCACUGAGCUCAUUCAUGUUCGGGUGGCAUGUCCACGAGAAAGCAAUACUCCUCGCCAUCCUUCCUUUGAGCUUGCUGUCUGUGGGGAGAUCAAGAGAUGCUGGCAUCUAUCUGGUUCUGUCUACCACAGGGCAUCUUUCGCUCUUCCCUUUGCUGUUCACAGCACCGGAACUGCCAAUUAAAAUACUGCUCAUGCUGCUCUUCACGGUGUACAGUUUCUCCGCGCUGAAGGCUGUAUUCAGGAAAGAAGGCCCUCUGCUUAACUGGCUGGAAACAAUCUACCUCAUCGGGUUGAUACCACUAGAAAUCUUCUGUGAAAUAGUUUUUCCAUUCAUCACCUGGAUGCAAAAGUUUCCUUUCCUCCCUUUAUUGCUCACCUCCGUGUAUUGUGCUCUGGGCAUCAUGUAUGCGUGGCUCAAACUGUAUGUCUCUGCCUUCAUGGGACCACCAGCCAUCAGGAGAAAGGAAGAAUAAUGAUGUUUACAAAGGACUAAAUCCACGGGGAUCCUUCCAGAAAAUUAAAUAGUGUUAAACGGUGUUUGCUUCUGGGUCACAGCACCAUGUACUGUUCAUUUAAGGGUGUGGCCUCCUGCUCCAGAAAUGGCUCGCGUUUCUUUGAAGGUUCUGGUCGAGGAAAGUGUUCUGCAAAUAAUCUUAAAGACGCUUGGGCAGUUUUCAGUGUGAGAAGGGGAAUGCCUAUGACAUCAGAAGCCUUGUUUACAAAAAGAGUUUCAAUAAGGACUUUAAAAAAGGGAAUUGACAUUACUUUUUUAACCUUCGGUUUGAGCUGAACCAAAUCCUGCUUAUUUUAAUGGGUCCAUUCUUGCUGUAUAACCUGUGAGGUUACUUGAAUUACAGGAUCAGAGGUCUCCAGAAAAGAAACUUAAUGACAAUCAUGCAUGGUAAAAGGUGUGAAUAAAGUACUCAUUUUUUUA